AUGUUCAUUAUCAUCGCCACAGCAGAUUCAGCAUAUCUGUGUGCACUGCAGGACGACGCUCUCUGUCUCUCUCUGCCCAGCUACACCUGUGGUAACCCGGGUCAGCUGCUGAACGGCUUCCAGCAGGGUUCCACCUUCAACAUCGGGGAGAAGAUCCGCUACAGCUGCGGCCAGGGCUACGUGCUGGAGGGCCACACGGUGCUCUCCUGCCUGGCCACCUCCGCCGGGACCGCCACUUGGGACUUCCCCCUACCCUACUGCAGAGCGGACGACGGCUGUGGCGGCACGUUGCGUGGUCAGAGUGGGGUCAUCAACAGCCCCAACUACCCGCAGGAGUACAGCAACAACGCUGACUGCACCUGGACCAUCCUGGCAGAGCCCGGCGACACCAUCGCCCUCGUCUUCUCCGACUUCCAGCUAGAGGACGAUUACGACGUCCUGGAGGUCAGCGGGACUGAGGGUUCAUCCCAGUGGUGA